CAGCCGCCCCGGCCCGCCCGCCGCGCUCCGCCCGCCCGCCCUCCCGCCGGCACCAUGGUGGACAGGGGCCCCUUGCUGACCUCGGCCAUCAUCUUCUACCUGUCCAUCGGGGCGGCGAUCUUCGAGGUGCUGGAGGAGCCGCACUGGCGCUCGGCUACCGACGACUACAAGCGGCAGAAGACGGAGCUGCUCAAGCAGUUCCCUUGCCUGGGCCAAGAGGGGCUGGACAAGAUCCUGCAGGUUGUGUCAAAUGCUGCUGGACAGGGGGUUGCCAUCACUGGGAACAAUACCUUCAACAACUGGAAUUGGCCUAAUGCUGUGAUCUUUGCUGCUACUGUGAUCACUACAAUUGGUUACGGAAACGUUUCUCCAAAGACACCCUCUGGGCGUCUCUUCUGCAUAUUUUAUGGGCUCUUUGGAGUUCCUCUCUGCUUGACGUGGAUCAGUGCUCUGGGGAAGUUCUUUGGAGGACGUGCCAAGAGGUUGGGCCAGUUUCUGACGAAAAGAGGAGUAAGCCUGAGGAAAGCACAAAUUACAUGCACAGCUAUUUUCAUUGUUUGGGGUGUCUUGGUCCAUCUGGUUAUUCCUCCCUUUGUCUUUAUGGUGACUGAAGGAUGGGAUUACAUUGAAGGCCUCUAUUUCUCAUUCAUCACUAUCACCACCAUAGGAUUUGGAGAUUUUGUUGCUGGUGUAAAUCCAGAUGCAAACUAUCAUGCCCUUUACAGAUAUUUUGUGGAGUUAUGGAUCUAUCUGGGACUAGCUUGGCUUUCACUCUUUGUUAACUGGAAGGUCAGUAUGUUUGUGGAAGUCCACAAAGCAAUCAAGAAACGGAGGAAAAAAAGAAAAGAGUCAUUUGACAACCAUCCUCGGUCUAAAAAACCCCUUCAAAUGGGUACCUCAAAGGAUGUCAACAUUUUCAGCUUCCUUUCAAAGAAGGAAGAGACAUACAAUGAUCUUAUUAAGCAAAUUGGGAAGAAGGCCUUGAAGACAAACAAUGACAAAAUGAUUAAAGUAGAAAAUGCCAAACAAAAUAUGCAGAAUGCCAGUAUAGAUGCCCAGGUGACUUACACAAAGACAGAGUCAUUUGAGUAUGAUGAGGCUUCCCUGGACAUUCAGAAUGGUCAUGUACUGAGACCCCUGCAUGAUAAACGUAUUGGAGAUAGCCCUGUAGAAGGAACCAUGUUCGUAAACCAGCUGGACAGGAUUAGUGAAGAAGAAGGCGAAGUGUGGGAUUCCAGAGACUAUCGACCCUUAAUAUUUGAGAAUGCCAAUAUAACAUUUGUAAAUGAAGAUGAUGAUGAAGAGGAAGAUAUCUCAGAUGAUGAGGAAACGUCAAAAUCCUCCAUGGAUGAUAAUCUUGCAGAGGAAUCUGAAACUGCAAAAAAACUGGUAAAAUUCCCAUCCUCUGAUGAAUCUACCUUUACCAAUAACGAGCUAGAACUUUCUGUGCCUUACGAACAACUGAUGAAUGAAUAUAAUACAGUAAGCAACGUGAAGGCUGCAACGUGAAGCAUGUUUGACAAUGGUUUUCUGAAAGUGGUCAGUGCAUAUUGAACAAAUUAACAAAGCAAGGAGAAAAGCAUGUUUUUGCAGCUUCUCCUGUCUCUUUGAAAACAAAAGCAAGUCCCAAACUAAUAAACUGCAGUGUCCUUUUCCCACCCUAAGUUGGUUUCUGAGCCCAUCAGCUUUGCUUAUCUGAAAAACUUGUAAAAUAACAGUUGAAUUUAGAGUCCUGCUCCUUCUUGGGAUUUUAUGGUUCUUGAACAAAGUAGAAAAGAAAAGACUAGUUAAUACACUGGACCUGCUCUGUGUUUAUGCAUUUCAUUGAGGAAUUAGUUUGGGAGUGUAAUUAUACUGUUGCAAAGAGACUGUUUUGGGCAUCAGUGUGUUCGGUUACUCCAUUAGCCUUCCACCUCUGAAAACCUGGAUUUGAAUCCUGCUUUGAUCACAAAUGAAAGCAAAGGGGUUGCUUUUUUUUUUUUAAGUUGCCCAUUGUUAAGUUGUUACCACAAAAAAAUGGUGCAACCACUAGUUGUACUUAAUGAGAAACUUUAGAUGGAAUACCAGGACAUACAGAUCUGAGCUGAGGUGCGCUGGCAGACUGAGGAGGAAGCUUCUGAAACAUCUGUCUAGAAUAUGUCAGUGCUUGUCAAAUUAUAGUGAAUUGUAAUUUCAUAAAGAAAAUAUUAAAAUUAAAAAUUCCAAAGGAAUGGAUUGAGAAGGAGCCCUCUAACAAGGAAGAAUCAUCUGGGAUAAAGCUCACCAAUUGGGCUGCUAAACUGCACAUCAGCCCCAGAACUGUUAAAGAGUAAAGUGACUGGAAGACCUAUUGAUCAAAGCAUGUAUGAGCACAAGCAGGAUGCAAUGAACUUUUUUAAUGUUGAAAGUGUCCUUCCACUGUCCAUUUCCUAGAGGAAAUACUUGAAUGAACCUUAUACAGUAUCUAUGUACAGGUAAGUUUUAUUGACACUGUUCUUCUGAGGAAAAAAUUGCCUUGGGAGGCACAGAUAUUCUCCAAAUGCCCUAAUGCCUGUCAGAAGGGACCUGUAGCACUGCUGCUGAUCUGUGCAGUGUGUUAGUCAGUAUUGUUGUUUGAUGUUCCUCCCUGCCUUGGUACUUCAGACUAGACUUGAAUGAGAGAUGAUUUUUGAAACAGUUGAUUACACUUUGCUUAUUUGUUUUGUUUGACCUAGGUGCAUAUACAAUGGUUAUUCUAUCCCACUUUCAAGAAGGCUGGGCAAUGUCAAAUCUUGGGCAAAGUGAGAUGUCAUCAAGUGACUUAAGGCCGUAAGGCACUUUUAAAAAGGAACUGUGGCUCUAAGCUCCUGAAAGUAUUAUCUUUUGGCUUGGAGAUGGGCUUCUCAUUGAGAAGGAAGUAUGUCUCUUCAUAACGUUUAUGCCCAAAUUGUUUUGGCUACAAAGAAAAUUAUACCAUGGUUUUAUUUUUCUUUCUUUUUUCAUAUCUAUGUGUUAACCCUGACAACUCUUUCAAAUGAGGCUUUUGACUACAUGUUGACAAAAGGUACUGACUUCAGUUGUAUCCAGUAUACUUGGAACAGAAAAUAGCUAAGACCUUUGAACCUUAACAUGUCAAGUUCCGUUGUUCUGUUUAGUUUUACAGUAUUUAAGUCAUUCCAGUAUGUCCGAAAGUUUCCAAAAUUCAGUGAACAGUUAAAAGUUGUCUCAUUCUCAUUUUCGGUGUAAUGCUGGCAGACUCACUAGCUCUGUAAGAAGAGCUUAUGGAAUCUUGCAAUGCUAAUCUUGAAUUACUAGCUAUUUCUAAUAACUGCAAAUAUUGGCUGCAGCUUCAGUUGCUGGCUUCUUCCACGGAAGAAGGAGGACAUAUGGGAAACUGGCACUCUGGUUGGAUAGCCUGUUGAUGGGAAGUUUUGAAGUCAUCUACUGUGAAACAAGGGACUGUCUUUACUAGUCUUUUUUUCAGAAUUUUCCACAUAUAUGACAUUUUUUCAAAUGGAAAGUGAACGUAAGGCUAGGGGCAACUCUGUUAUACUGGCAAAAAUGUGGAAUCGACAUCAUUGGAUUUGGUAGUUAAUCCGUAUUUUAUGAUAAUAUCACUGAAGAGAGAUUCUAAUUUGAAAUCAAAUUUUAUUAUAUUACUGCUAUUUGGAGCAGGGGUGACUGGAUGAAUUUGACUUGUAUCUGACAGGAAAGGGGGAGAGGCCCUAUCAAGAACAUUCUGAUUUACUUCUAAUAGACACCCCCACCCCCAUUGUUUUAAAAUUACUCCGAGCUCUUCAAGUAUUACUAUAUAUCUGAAGGGUUGUGGUUCACAGCUAUACGUUGUAACUGUAAGAAAUGGUAGGUAAGACUACAUGCAUGAUACACAGGAUGCUUGUGUAGCAAGUCUAGCCUUCUCUCUUUUUUUUUGUUUAAAAAAACUGCACACUAACUUAAAAGAAAAUGAGAAAGCACUCCAUAUAGCUUUUGUUGUCCUCCAACUUGUCUUCCAUUAUUGAUGCAAAGAUCAAAGUUUUAGUGACAGUUAGAAAGCUACAGGACAGUGAGGAAAGAAAAGGCUUGCUGAAAGUGCAUGAAAUGGAAAAGCAUAGUCCAAUCUUCAUUUAAAAAAGAAACAAAUUCUCUUUACAGAAAUAAUACAACCCAGACACUUGGCUGGGCUGCUUUGAUUGGGAGGGGAUAUUGCACACUGGAACCCAGACUCUCCGUUCUCCGUAGUGAAGUGCACUUGUAUGCCAGAGCUGAGAAUGGAUAGGAUCUGUUUCGUAUUAUCAAGUUAGAUGUGGCUCUCUGGCCUUUCCCAGUGUAGUCAGCAUAGACUAUAAGUCUGCAUAAUAAGUAUCAUGGGAUUUAAAGUAAUAGUUUAAAUUUAUUAAAGUGAAGUACAAUAUUCCCGCUUUUUUGGGAAACAUGAUCACACCUCACAAAACUGUUCUCAAGACAUCCCACCAUGUGCCUUAAUGUAAUCCCUAACACUGGGAAAAAAUUCCUCUUUACACAGGGGCCAACACAACUGGUCUCGUUAAACCCUACUUGUUUUCAGAGUUUUGGAGGGGUUUAGUUGGCGCAUACCUUUCAUACUGGCGCUCUCCAAAAAGUUGAACCAUUUCCCAGGGUUUUUAAAAUUAUGGUGCCAUCUCAGAACUGCCGAAGUGCUAAGCAAGACAGCUUUUGCCUGCCUGUCUUCCACGUCUUGAGAAAAGCAGCUGCCUGGAGGAUCUAAAUUACUGUCUUUUCUGCCUUCAGAUUUACAUGUAGUGAGUUAGAGGGGUGUCCAUGCUGGAUUUUGAGCUAUUCAGCCCCAAAAGUGCCUCUGAGUGAAUUCCCCAGUGCUACUUGGUAAGGUCUUGUAGUUAUUUCAAUUAUCUUGUCAAUCUGGAAACAUUUUCUUUGGAUGCCAUGUAAGAUUUCAUUUGGCUGACCAAUAAUGUUAACAGCUCUCUUAAUGCUAUGGAAUUGGUUUUAUAGGUGAGACAGAUCUCUUCCUGGAAAGAGAGAAAAGGGGAUUUUUAAAAAAGAAGAAGAAAAAAGAAGCUUAAAAGCACAUAUAAGGAAGGGAUGGAAUAGAAGUAGAAACUUCUUUCUAGCUAUUGCUUACAAGUCGAUUAUAUUUCCAGUCACAUGUGAAGCAUGGGUCCACUUUCACAAUAUAAACUUACUAAUUUUGCUAAGAUGAGCCAGUACUUUAAAGAAUUUAAAAAAAAAAAGUUAAAAAAUCCUGAAAUGUGACAACAAAAGUCUGUUCCUACAAAAGCCCUUUUAAGUGCUAUAGAUUAUGUGACCCCAUCCUUCAUGACAUCAUUGUGACAUUUCUUGGUUUUGUCUUGUGCUAUUAAAGCCUAUUUUUACCAGAAGAGCAUCAUUUUCAGAUACAUAUCUCGCAGCAGGCAUUCUAACACAUCUGAUACACUGGUACGAAAUCACUGAGGAAAUAUGAAAAGUAGUGUGUUAAAUUUUUCUGAACUAAUGAUUUAUGAAUCUGUUGCUGGCAAUGGAUGUCACGAAACAUGCAGAAAUAAAACCAUAGACUGAUAACAGAUCCAUGGUGACACAAUUGUAUAUGUUGAGAUUUUUUUUUCUCCAGUUGAUCUGGGAGAGUAUGUGUAGAGACAGACAAGCGUCACUGAUGAGGAGAGCAAAAAGCAAUAUACAAGUCUGUUGACCUAAACAAAAAACACCCCAAGAACUCUGAUGUAGACUUGUAAUUUUUGUGCCUCAUGGGAUUCAUUCCAUUUGUGAUGGAUUUACCUUUUAAAAAAUUAGCUUGUCUUUCAUAUGGCUUUUGAAGUUUGUACAGUUCUGACUCUUAUCACUCCAUAAUAUGCCUGUCUGUCUGUUCUUUGUUGCCGAUUGUCACUGGAAUCACACUGUAUGUAAAUAUUUGCUAAGUCUUUGUAAAAUGUAAUUUAUUUUAAUAUUUUGCAAUAAAAAAUUUACAAUUUA